CCCCAAUUUGUUGAAAAUAGAAGUAUUUUCAACAUAUGUCCUGGCUAUAGUUUCACCUCCCUAAACUCCUCCCAGUGUCCUCCUCCCCUCUAGAUCCACUCCUUUUCUGUCCCUCAUUAGAAUAGAACAGGCUUCUAAAUAAGCAAACAUGUCAAAAUAAAAUAUAAUGUGAUGAAACAAAAACCACCACACUGAGGCUGAACAAUACAGUCCAACAGGAGGAAAGAAGCCAAGAGCAGACACAAGACUGUCUCAUUCACACACUCAGGAGUCCCUUAAAAUUAUUAAGACAUGUGCAGAGCCAGGGUCUGAAGCAAUAGAAAGAGAGCCAGACUGUUCGAUGGUGCUAAAUGGGAUUCUUGGGGAGUCAGUUACUCUCCCCGUAGAUAUUAAAGAUGGCCAGAAAAUUAAUAACAUUGCCUGGACUUCUAAAUCAUCUGUUGCUUUUGUAACACCAAAAGUCGGAGGACAUGAACUUACCGUAACCCAGGACAUUUAUAAAGGACGACUAGAAGUCACAAAUCAGACCUAUAACCUGAUCAUUAGAAACCUGAGGAUGAAAGAUGCAGGUACUUACAAAGCAGACAUCAAUGAAAAGAACCGUGAGAAAACCAUCACCAAGAUCUACUGCCUUCAAAUCUACUCUCGGCUGGCAAAACCAAAAAUUACAAAGAGUUCAAUAACAUCUUUGAACAAUACCUGUAAUAUCACACUGACAUGCUCUGUGGAGGAAGAAGAAAAGAAUGUGGUGUAUAGUUGGAGUCCCUCUGGAGAGGAAAGCAAUGUCCUUCAAAUCUUCCACUCCCCUAUGGACCAAAAACUGACUUAUACAUGUACAGCCUCGAACCCUGUCAGCAACAAUUCUGACUCCGUCACUGUGCAACAGCCAUGUACAGACUCUCCCAGCUUCCAUCCUUACCAUGGUGUGUUGCCAGGGGGGCUGGCCGCGCUCUCUCUGCUUAUGCUCAUUCCAGUGGUGGCACUUCUGUUCCAUUUGUACAAGAGAAGGAGAGGUAGGAUUGUCCUGGAAGCAGAUGAUGUCUCAAAGAAAAUAAUAUACUCUGCAGUUUCAAGAAAUGCCCAUCUCACAGAGUCCAGAAUCUAUGAUGAAAUCCCACAGUCCACGAUGCUGUCCCGUACGGAAGAGCCCGUGACCACCAUUUAUUCCUCGGUGCAGCUUUAUGAGAAGACGGGGAAAACCAACAUGAAGGACGAAAGACCACCCAAGACUUUGUGUAAUGAAAUUGUUGUCUAGGUGAGCGGGCAGUGUUCUCCCUCUGGAAACUGAGUUACAACCACUGUGAGAACAGGGGUCCCGAAGACCUAGGCCUUCUCUGGCUACCCCCUUACCAGAACAUUGCAAAUACCACAUUCCAGCAUGCAAGCAGAGCAGGAAACCUUCUGUUGUUGGGCAUUCCUUGUACUCAACAACCUUUGUAUUCCUUGUUAGGCUUGUGGACACUUUCCCUAACUCGUCAAAUCCUUCCUAUGAGAACAAUAAGACACACUCCCUGAAAUGGCACCUCACAAACUCUUUCACUUCGCCGGGCAUAUAAAAAUUGAUUUUUUUGGCACAAAGGAUGAAAUCAUCCAUGUCUCUAGAAGACUGAAUAUGGAUGGAAGAUUCUCCUGUCAAUAUGUAACAUCACUGUCCAACAGCUGUGGGAAGAAAUCAGUCAAUAUUGUGAAUACCUGUAACACACCACGGCAUACCAGCUGGAUCUUCUAUGCAGAGUCAACCUGUGUAAGGAGCCCUGAGGCAAGGCCUCCACCAGUCGCUACAAUGCCUUAAGUAAUUUAGGAAUGGCAUCUUUAAGGUAUAUGUUAUCCCUUACUUGAAAGCAUGGCAUAGCCAACCUAGUGUAGGCUACACAUUCAUUCCUCCACUCAAGAACCAUCGUGCAGAUCCCACUAAAAUCAGGGACUAGACAAGGCUGCCCACUCUCUCCCUACUUAUUCAAUAUAGUUCUUGAAGUUCUAGCCAGAGCAAUCACACAACAAAAGGAGGUCAAGGGGAUACAGAUCGGAAAAGAAGAGGUCAAAAUAUCACUAUUUGCAGAUGAUAUGAUAGUAUAUUUAAGUGAUCCCAAAAGUUCCACCAGAGAACUACUAAAGCUGAUAAACAACUUCAGCAAAGUGGCUGGGUAUAAAAUUAACUCAAAUAAAUCAGUAGCCUUCCUCUACACAAAACAGAAACAAGCCGAGAAAUAAAUUAGGGAAACGACACCCUUCAUAAUAGUCCCAAAUAAUAUAAAAUACCUCGGUGUGACUUUAACCAAACAAGUAAAAGAUCUGUACAAUAAGAACUUCAAGACUCUGAAGAAAGAAAUUGAAGAAGACCUCAGAAGAUGGAAAGAUCUCCCAUGCUCAUGGAUUGGCAGGAUUAAUAUAGUAAAAAUGGCCAUUCUACCAAAAGCGAUCUACAGAUUCAAUGUAAUCCCCAUCAAAAUACCAAUCCAAUUCUUCAAAGAGUUAGACAGAACAAUUUGCAAAUUCAUCUGGAAUAACAGAAAACCCAGGAUAGCUAAAACUAUCCUCAACAAUAAAAGGACUUCAGGGGGAAUCACUAUCCCUGAACUCAAGCAGUAUUACAGAGCAAUAGUGAUAAAAACUGCAUGGUAUUGGUACAGAGACAGACAGAUAGACCAAUGGAACAGAAUUGAAGACCCAGAAAUGAACCCACACACCUAUGGGCACUUGAUUUUUGACAAAGGAGCCAAAACCAUCCAAUGGAAAAAAGAUAGCAUUUUCAGCAAAUGGUGCUGGUUCAACUGGAGGUCAACAUGUAGAAGAAUGCAGAUCGAUCCAUGCUUAUCACCCUGUACAAAGCUUAAGUCCAAGUGGAUCAAGGACCUCCACAUCAAACCAGAUACACUCAAACUAAUAGAAGAAAAAGUGGGGAAGCAUCUCAAACACAUGGGCACUGGAGAAAAUUUCCUGAACAGAACACCAAUGGCUUAUGCUCUAAGAUCAAGAAUUGACAAAUGGAAAGAAAAAAAAGAAUUGACAAAUGGGAUCUCAUAAAACUGCAAAGCUUCUGUAAGGCAAAGGACAUUGUGGUAGGACAAAAUGGCAACCAACAGAUUGGGAAAAGAUCUUUACCAAUCCUACAACAGAUAGAGGCCUUAUAUCCAAAAUAUACAAAGAACUCAAGAAGUUAGACCACAGGGAGACAAAUAACCCUAUUUAAAAAUGGGGUUCAGAGCUAAACAAAGAAUUCACAGCUGAGGAAUGCCGAAUGGCUGAGAAACACCUAAAGAAAUGUUCAACAUCUUUAGUCAUAAGGGAAAUGCAUAUCAAAACAACCCUGAGAUUUCACUUCACACCAGUGAGAAUGGCUAAGAUCAAAAACUCAGGUGACAGCAGAUGCUGGCGAGGAUGCGGAGAAAGAGGAACACUCCUCCAUUGUUGGUGGGAUUGCAGACUGGUACAACCAUUCUGGAAAUCAGUCUGGAGGUUCCUCAGAAAAUUGGACAUUGAACUGCCUGAGGAUCCAGCUAUACCUCUCUUGGGCAUAUACCCAAAAGAUGCCCCAACAUAUAAAAAAGACAUUUGCUCCACUAUGUUCAUAGCAGCCUUAUUUAUAAUAGCCAGAAGCUGGAAAGAAUCCAGAUGCUCUUCAACAGAGGAAUGGAUACAGAAAAUGUGGUACAUCUACACAAUGGUACAUCACUCAGCUAUCAAAAACAAUGACUUUAUGAAAUUCAUAGGCAAAUGGAUGGAACUGGAAAAUAUCAUCCUGAGUGAGGUAACCCAAUCACAGAAAAACACACAUGGUAUGCACUCAUUGAUAAGUGGCUAUUAGCCCAAAUACUUGAAUUACCCUAGAUGCCUAGAACAAAUGAAACUCAAGACGGAUGAUCAAAAUGUGAAUGCUUCACUCCUUCUUUAAAAGGGGAACAAGAAUACCCUUGGCAGGGAAUAGAGAGGCAAAGAUUAAAACAGACACAGAAGGAACACCCAUUCAGAGCCUGCCCCACAUGUGGCCCAUACAUAUACAGCCAUCCUAUUAGACAAGAUGGAUGAAGCAAAGAAGUGCAGGCCGACAGGAACCGGACGUAGAUCUCUCCCGAGAGACACAGCCAGAAUACAGCAAGUACAGAGGCGAAUGCCAGCAGCAAACCACUGAACUGAGAACGGGACCCCCGUUGAAGGAAUCAGAGAAAGAACUCGAAAAGCUUGAAGGAGCUCAAGACCCCUUAUGAACAACAAUGCCAAGCAACCAGAGCUUCCAGGGACUAAGCCACUACCUAAAGACUAUACGUGGACUGACCCUGGACUCUGACCUCAUAGGUAGCAAUGAAUAUUUUAGUAAGAUCACCAGUGGAAGGGGAAGCCCUGGGUCCUGCUAAAACUGAACCCCCAGUUGGAGGGAGGGUGGUAAUGGGGGGAGGAUGGGGAGGGGAACACCUGUAUAGAAGGAGGGGGAGGGAUUAGGGGGAUGUUUGCCCGGAAACCGGGAAAGGGAAUAACACUCGAAAUGUAAAUAAGAAAUACUCAAGUUAAAAAAAAAUAGUAGUAGUAGUAGUAGUAAAAGUAGUAGUAGAAGUAGUAGUGGUAGUAGUGGUAGUAGUAGUAAUAUUUUAAUGUACUAUUGAAUUGAAUGUACUAGUGUUUUGUAGACAUUGUUGACUUUAAUAUGAACAUUGGUUAUUAUUAUCUUACUCCUUACUUUCUACUUUUCAUAUGUACACCUUGUUCCAUUUUUUCCUAUUAUGGAUUAAGAAAGAAGGAAUAUUAACUAUAAAAAAAAAAAAAAAAAGAACCAUCGUGCAGGACACAACUGCCACUCUUACCAAAUACAGACGGCCAUGCUACUUUGUUGUCUCGCGCCCAACAUCUCACCAGUAAGAACGACUGGCGGUAACAGGAUUCUUCUGCGAACAAGCCUUUACUGUACAGCUCCCUUGAACAGGGACAGGGGACCACGAGCGGCAAAGUCGCUCGCCUUAUAUACACAACAGUAUGCUAAUAAUCUCUCAGGGAUUGGUCGGGCAUGGGUCACCCCACUAUCACCCCACUACUUGUCCUCCAGGAAUUGGCAGAGAAUGAAUCACCUCACUAGCAUGGUACCGCCCCUCAUUAGCGUAUUAACGGCCAACUGACAUCAGGUGCAAAAACCGCACAUGUGCAGUACCGUUGUUCACCACUGGAGGGCGCCCUACACUUUGUAAGCUGUGGCCUGUGGCCCUAAGCCAGGUAGAUACAUUCUCUUAGUGUGGCUCUAAAAUAUGUACUUUCUGCACAGACUAGAAUGCUAGAGAUCGUGAGAAGCCGCAGGGGAUUUCCUUUCUAGCCAAGCUUUCCUUCCCUAAGUUUUACUUCAGUCUGCCUUUGCACGAAGACACAUCCUGCCCAAGAGACUCACUCUCCAAAAAGAAUUGACCAGCUACUUUUCUGACACUUUGAGGGAAGUGGGUGGAACCAAGCCAACCAAACAAGAGAUCUUGAAGAAUGAAGAGUCAUUUACAUUCCUAAGAGGGAACCUGAGAGCUGACGGUGCAGACGGUGAAAUCGGAUUCAUUCCUGUUCCUUCAUUUCAGCUCAGAGAACCAUAGGGUUCAAGCUGACGUUGAGUUCCUUCACUCCACAAAGUCACUCUCAGCUGGCUGGACAUCCUCUAGCUGGACAGGACAACAUGUGAUCAUUCAAGGACUUGUUUGUCUUUUGUGUUAACUGUCCUUACCAGCAAAAUCCUAAAUGCCCAUGAACUGGACAGCCAUGAACCAGGCUGGACAGCAGAAGUGACCUCUAUUUGGGUUUAAUGAAAUCGUGUGUCCCAUGAAGGCUAAGCCUUGCUCUGACUUUCUGACAGGUGCCAUUUUUUCCUCCCAUUUUUAACCAUCUCUAAGUGAAAUACAACUCCUGCCCAAACGUGAAUUGAUGAUUUAUUCAUUUUGUUGAUACCUGUCAGGUCCCAAAGAAACCCCGGACAAAGGGCUAACUGGAGUGCCAAUUAGCAUAUCAAAGAGCAGAGGCUCAUUCAGCACCUGCAGCUCCUCCCUGCUCUCCUCACCUCAGCCCCCUCUCCUAACCCUCUCCAGACCAGCAAUUUCCCCUCCUUCAGCUUCUGAAUUGCCAGCCAUUUUGCCCAUUCCCUCUCUCUUGGUUCCUCCAUCUCUCUUGGUUCCUCCCUCUCUCUUGGUUCCUCCCUCUCUCUUGGUCCUCUUAACCCACUCUUCUCUUCCUCUCUUGCUCAACACCCCACCCACCCUCAUGACCUGGUCUAGUCUGCUAACCAUGUUCAAUCUGCUACUUUCUCUCUCUGCUCUGGACUCUUCCAGAUGCCUCUGGAUAUUCUCUCCCUCAUGCGGACAAUAAAAACCUUCUCCUCAACCAGACCUAGGAACAGCCAUGUCCGAUUUUGCAUUCAAUACCUUAUGUUCCUUUUCCUAGUGGCUUGUUUACAAGGCUUUCCUUGUAAGAAUUCUCAGUAUAUGGAGGAGACAGCAUUCAGAGUGUUUGAAAUUGUCAAGAAACAACUUUAAUAAAAAGCUUUAAAAGGAGGAGGAGGAAAAGGAGAAAGAGAAGAGGAGGAGAAGGAAAGAAAAUUUUGUGUCCCAGUGAAUGGACCCAUAGAACAUUCUAGCACAAAUUACUGUUACUAAGGCUUCGAGGCCCAAAAUAUAAGAUGAAUAUUAUUAUCUUGCCCUUGUCUAAAUGAAGAGGCAAUUCCAGCACUGACAUUGUUAGCUUACAGGUGAUUUCACUAGGCUCCUCCUAUUGGAGUAGAAAUCUCAGCUCUCGUCCAGACAAACUACACCAAGCCAACAUGGUUCCACGUGGAAAGGUUUAAUGAGAGAAGAAGAGUAGAAGAGGAGAGGAGUAAAGGCCAGCCAUGAGCACAUGGAGGGAAGGGGAAAGGAAUGGGAAGAGAAGGGACAAAGGGGAAGAGGGGAAGAGCAGGAGGCAAGAGAAGAGAGUGAGGAGGGGGCAAGCAGCCCCUUUUAUAGUGAGUCAGGCAUACCUGACUGUUGCCAGGUAACUGUGGGGAUGGAGCUUAGACAGAAUACCAACAUUCCCCCAUAUUGGUUUAAUUAAAAAAGAAAAAUUAGAAAGGCAAUAGUGGAGCAGGAAUAGGGUCGUUGUGAUCUCUGACUACUUCCUGCUUGCUUUGGGGCGAUGUGUCUCUAGGGAACCUAGAAAAAUGGGUAUGGGAUGUCUGUCCAGUCUUAAGAGUUGGCUGUUUCCUUGUUGUCCAGGGUCUGUGGAACCAUCUGAGGAUAGGCCAGAAGGAACAGGUCCAAUAGAAGCGUCUGUGUCCAGUAAACCACUGAACUGAGAACAGGACCCCUGUUGAAGGAAUCAGAGAAAGAACUCGAAAAGCUUGAAGGGGCUCGAGACCCCUUAUGAAGAACAAUGCCAAGCAACCAGAGCUUCCAGGGACUAAGCCACUACCUAAAGACUAAACAUGGACUGACCCUGGACUCUGACCUCAUAGGUAGCAAUGAAUAUCCUAGUGAGAGCACCAGUGGAAGGGGAAGCCCUGGGUCCUGCUAAGACUGAACCCCCAGUGAACUAGAUUGUUGGGGGGAGGGCGGCAAUGGGGGGAGGAUGGGGAGGGGAACACCCAUAAAGAAGGGGAGGGGGGAGGGGGAUGUUUGCCCGGAAACCGGGAAAGGGAAUAACAUUCGAAAUGUAAAUAAGAAAUACUCAAGUUAAUAAUAAAAAAAAAAAAAAAAAAAAAAAAAAAAGAA